UCAAAUUCCAAGAGAGAGGAGAGGAGAGGGGAGCCAGAGAGAGGGGCGCAAGGUUACAUUGCAAGCUCUUUGCAAAAAUGGGGGACGACCGACCUUUUGUGUGCAAUGCUCCUGGCUGUGGACAGAGGUUUACCAAUGAGGACCACUUGGCUGUACACAAACACAAGCAUGAGAUGACACUGAAAUUUGGACCACCCAGGACCGACUCUGUCAUUAUUGCAGACCAGACACCUACUCCCACCCGCUUCCUAAAGAACUGCGAGGAGGUCGGUUUGUUCAAUGAGCUGGCCAGCUCCUUCGAACAGGAUGAUGAUGAGAAGAGAGCCAAGAACUCUCUCCCUGCUGCCAACUCUGUGGCUUUGGACAUGAGCCUGCAGACACCCUCAGACGUGAAGGUGAAAGAGGAGGCACCUGUAGAGGUCGACUCCUCUCCCCCAGGCAGCCCUGAAUCUAUCUCUGGACAGUCCGACAGCAGCAGAGAGCCUCUGGUUAAAGGAAAGGACACCCCCCCGAGGAGUUCAGCCCCCACCCCGACUAUUGUGCGUCCAGGUUCCCUCCCAUUACACUUGGGCUUUGAUGCCCUUCAGCCUACAAUGCCUUCACCAACCUCUGUCAUCACACAGGCACCACCCUCCAAUCGUACUCUGGGUUCGCCAACCAGCCACUACCCCAUGAUGAUGCUUCCCUCUGGUCAGGCAGUGCCUCUGCUCCCUGGUCCUGUUCAAAUGCCCUCUGUCAUUAAUCUGGCUCGACCCUUGUGCAUGGUACCCAACAUUCCUGGGAUCCCUGGUCCUCCUCUGGGAGGCAGCAGCAGCGGCUCUAACUCCCCCUCUGGCUACAGCAUCCACUCAGAGGCCAAGAUGCGUCUGAAGGCUGCACUGUCCCAGCAGAGCCCAUCAGGACAGAGUAUGGGAGUCAUGGCCAUGGGCAGCAGCCCCAUGGUGCCUCAGAAGGCAGAGCAGAGCCAACUGCUUGUCCAACAGCCAGAUGCUCCAUCACCUGCUCAGCCUCAGGUAUCUCCAGCACAGCCUACAGGUGGGCGUCGGCGGCGGACGGCAGACGAUGACCCAGAUGAGCGAAGGCAGCGCUUCCUCGAGAGGAAUCGGGCUGCGGCGUCGCGCUGCAGACAGAAACGCAAACUGUGGGUCAGUUCUCUAGAGAAGAAGGCUGAGGAGCUCAGCACCCUGAACGUCUCACUGUCGAAUGAAGUGUCUCUGUUGCGGAAUGAGGUGGCUCAUUUGAAGCAGCUGCUGCUGGCCCACAAGGACUGCCCUGUUACCACCCUUCAGAAGAAGACUGCCUACUUAGCUGCAGAGGAGAGCAUGAAAGACUCCUCAGAGCCCACAGGUUCUCCUGCUCCAGUGAUCCAGCACAGCUCUUUGGCGCCCAGCCCCUCCGCAGGGCAAAACGGCCUGAGCUCAAGGGCAGCGGCGGAGGCCAUGGCUAUGUCUGUGCUUGCAGGAAUGGGCCAGCAGCAGAGGGCUGAGAGUGGACCCUCUCACAUUAUCAUGGCUGCACAGUCUCAGUCUGCUGCCAGAUGAUGAGCGAUGCCACCACGGCCAAGACUUGGCUCAUCACCAAGGGGGCAAAAUAGAGCAGCGGACACCCCCCACCCUUCCCAACUUCCCCAAUCUAGAAGUCCAAAUAUCUCAUCUUCUGCUUCCCCCUUCCUCCUCUGCUCUCUCUGACCCUCAUGUGGAGCCAUCAUGCUGUGGCCAGGAGCUCAGCAGCAGCCUUCUGGGAAUGGACUGAGACUUUUGAGAGCUUCCUGUUCACUUUGCCAUAGACUACAGGGGCUGGACUCCAACCCCCCCCACCCCCCUUCUUUCCCUAUGUGCCUCCCUGCUCAUCUCUCCUCACCCUCAGUCAAAAUGACUCUUCACUGGACUGUAGGACUGCACCGCUCUGAGUGUACUGCCGUAAUGAACUUCCCAUGUGGACACGCACCACACGUGCACAGUUUGAAACACACAGGUGUUGCAUCAACGUUCUUGAUCAAAUCAGAUACCAAACAACACGCAGGACUUCACACUGUUUUCAGCAGGGAAUAGUGCCUUGUGCUCAUCUUUUUUUUUUUUUUUUAAGCCAUACACACACUCACACAUGCCAUCACAGCAUACAUCACUAUACAUCCUCGGCUCCAAAGAUGCAGUAGUUGUCUAGACUUCAGUGACUUAGAUCUCAGAUAUUCACAUAAACCUUUUGUAAAUGGUUCCACCUCCAGGUGAUCUCAACAUGGACCCAAAAACCUUACCUCAUUUACACCCCUUUAUGAUAAAAUUUCUAAACUGUGUGUGUGAUUGGCUCUGUGUGUAUAUAUUUAUGUACAUCAGAACAUAGCAGUUUGCCUACUCCUUAUCUGAUACAUUAAUAUUUAGAUUGUUAGCAUGUGACUUUUUCGAUUAGGGUGUCAUGUUCUUGAUACAGUAUGUGCAGCUAUAUUUUUUUAAUUAAUUGGCACAUCCUCCAAGAUUAGUCCACAGAACCAAAAUACAUUGGAUUGUCCAAGCCGGUGUAGUAUCCUAAAAGAUUAUUGUUUUUCUGACCUGAAGGGAACUUAUCUCUCCUUCUCACGUUUCCUCUAAAAGAGGCUGUUUUGCUGUUUAUUGGUGUGGAAGUGGAUCCCUUUUACAUUUUAUCUGAAACUAUUCUAGUGACUGUGUUUCUCUGCGUGGGCCCUGGACUUACUGUAACUGUUAUUUUCACACUUCUCAGGAUGGUUGCACAUCCUUGCUGCUCGUUGGAAGUGCGAUGAACCCCUUAGUCUCUUUGCUCUUUACCAAACCUAAACUAAGCCAUAAUAACAACAAAUAAGAUCUCCGAAUCUCCAAAGACCACCUGGUAGAUGCCUUGGGGUAAGGCAGUAAAUAGCUGGACUGUUAUUUUGUGAUUCAGAGGUCACAGUGACACAAUCUACAGUAUAUCACUGCUUGUUACUUGCACUUACACACAGUCUCACAAUCAAUGUCUGGUAAUUUUGCCUUAAGAUCACACUGGUGCCUCCGACAACCCCACUUAAAAACAAGCAGAUUUAUUUCGUGUGAAAAUCAGCGGAGCCUUAGGAAAAUAUAUUUGUCUUGAUUUGUUUGUUUCAUCAAAUGGAAAACAAUCAAUGCGGAACAAAAGAUCUUCUGACUUGUUGAAGAUUCCUCAAAGCCUUUAAACUGAGGAGUUAAUUGAACCAUUAGUCUCUUUUCAGUGACAUAAAAUGAUACAAUACUUGUCUGUCAUCUGGUGGAGGGACACAGCAAAGACAUCUUUACUGGUUAAAGCUUUGAGGGCGGAAAAAGUUCAGAUGUCUUGUGACUGUUUCUGAAAGGCUCCAGUUCUUAGGAAAUCCCUACCAAGAUAUUUUACCCAGAUAUCAGUAUAUUUUUACGUAAACAUCUAAACAAGCGGUUUUCUGUCCUUGUUUUUUUUCCCUGUAUAUUUUUGUCCCUCUUUUUGUCUGAUGUGAUUAUAUAUUUGCAAGAUGUGAUAUUUCAAAGACAAGGUAUCUGUCCAUUAACAUAAGGGCAUGUCUUUAUGCACUAAAAUAAUGCAAGUUUAUUGUUGCUUUGUAUUUCUCUUCAAGUUUUUGCGGUUCUCUUGGUCCUGUUUUUUUUUUUUUUUUCUUUUUUUUUUUUUUAAAUGAUAUUGUUCUCUUAUCUGUACUGUAUACACGAAUGGGAAUUUGCUUCGCAACUUUCAUACUUCUCACCUUUGACUGAACCUCUUGUCCUACAGUCCCAAUAGCGAGCCCGGCAUUUUGUUGUACUUUGAAGCUGGCGCUAUAUUUGGCUGGCGGUCCCUUAUAGACGAUUGUUCAUAUGAAAUGAAAAUUCAAACUAUAUUUAGCUUUCAUGUUUUGAUGUAUUUCAUGUCAUGGGCACCUUUUUCUGUCAUUUCUUGUUUUCUUUUGUUGUGUGCUCCUUUCAGCACUAUACAGCCUUUGUCAUAACACCUCUGAUUGUACUGAUGAAUAUAGAAACAAAUUUCUUUAACAUGGUUUUCUUUUUUGUUUGUCAUUAGUCCUUUUUCAAAAAGAGAUUUUAUCCCCUUUGUUAUAGCUUUUAAGAUAAAUUUGGUCGUGUCUUUUGAUGGUCCUUGUCUAACUUAUUUUUACUUAAUUGGUUGAAUAACAAUCAUCAUCACAGUCUUUGGCAUAUUAAUGUUACCUAGAAUGGUUAUGAAAAGAGCAAUUUAACGAAAAAUGCAACAAUGUGAAAGUUGCACAUAGUGUUUUAAUGGUUUUUCACACUCCCAUUGUUGGACUGAUGAUUUAAAAAAAUGUCCUUGUACUGUACAUAUCUGUACUAUAUGAAUAUAUUUACUUUUCCAUGCAUGUCCAAGUGGAAUACUAUGAACACUUACAGUGCUGCAGUUUUAAUUAAAGAAACUACAUCUUAAUGAA